ACUAAAAAUACCUACGUAUUAAUGUAAUCAAUCUUUGUUAUAGACUCAUAAUAAUGAAGCAAAGUUUGUCCAAACUAUUUUUGCUUGUUUGCCUAUCCAUCGCACGCAACUGUGGAAUGAUGAUAAGAAACAACGCGCUUAUGUCCAAAAUGGUUUCGGAUUUUCACUCUCCGAAGGCGCAUACAAUCGAUAUCAUGCGGAACGUGCUUUGCAAGAAUUUCCCCAACCUCCCAUGCGAACUCAUCACUAAAGACGACACGCUCAGAAAGUUGAUUCAAAGAACCAUAAGGCUGCUGAAUGAAAAGCAGCGAAACCUUCAAAAUGUAAUAACCACAACGACUGAAGAACAGACUAAAUUGCCAGUUGUCAACAGCGAUGAACUAUCCCAGUAUCUGGUAGUGGAAAACACAGGCUACUUCACUGAUAAAAAUAAACAUAACAAAGAGCGGCAUAUUGACACCCCUAAAACCGCUUGGCCGAAAGGCGUGGACAAGCAAGCGCAAAGAAUGGGCGUUUUUCCCAGUCAUAAGACCAUUAAGAAGUACUUUCCACAUAAAAUAAAAUAUAAUGAUAGAAACGAGAUAAGUGAAAUCGACAAAUCUCGGGAAAAGAUGUCAAAUUCCGAAGAAAUACCUAAACUGGAUGUAAAGAAAUACGACCAUUUCAACUAUAAGAAACCAAGUAACAUGCCAAUGUGGCAGAUAGAUUACACGAAGCACGGGGAUCCCAAGAUUGAAUUUAGUCAAGAAUCAGACCAGCUCAGAGGCAAGCUGGUCAAGACCGGUUCAGAUACAGAGAACACAAUCUUUAAGCACAAGACUGGCGUACUUCAUCCCAAUGUUUACAUCAGGAACAGUGCGAAAAGAAUUCAAGAAUAUUGUUCACUUAUUGUGUCCCUAUCCAAAGAUGUAAAACUAAAAUUAAAUUAUCACACAAACGCUAUUAUCUGCAUCCCACAUAAUGAUAAUAUUAUCUUGAAACCACAGCGGGUGUCAAACGGUUUGAACCCGUGCGCGCAUCUCGGCACAUACCAUUAUUAUUGUAACCUUCGUCGAAAGCACACAGCUAUGUCGCGCCCCGUUCUGUCGUCGCACGUUCUCGACAUAUCCUCAGGAAGACCAGCGGUGCAACUCUUCACAGAGUUAUUCAAGCAAAAGGGAGAUUCGUGGGUAUCGUGGCACAGCACCGUGACAACAGGCGAUGGCAGGAUCCAGUUUCCCUUCACCAAGGACUCCAUGAGUGCAGGAACUUACAAAUUGAAAUUCAACGUGGGAGAUUAUUACACAAGGAACGGGAAAGAAACGCUUUAUCCGUAUGUAGAGAUUGUCUUCGAAGUGAAAGAAAACGAACAUUACCACAUCCCACUGCUGCUCAGUCCCUAUGGUUAUUCCACGUACAGAGGAAGCUAGUAAUUUUACGGAAACUGGAAAGUACUUUCGAGCGGAAGCCUAAUUUA